CUCCAGAUCCAAGCCAAUGACAGCGCUCCCGAGGUAAACACCACAUCAGGUACAAUUGUUGGAAAGCUGGAGACGCUACCAAAUGGCAAAACCGUGUAUGAAUAUCUUGGUAUCCCGUAUGCUGACGCUCCGGUUAAAGAAUACAGAUGGGCAGCUCCAAGACGCCCAAAAAAUUGGACAGGAACCAAAGAAACGAAAGAGUUUGGAGCGGCGUGUCCACAACCGGAGUUCAAUAUACCCAACUUGAAGAGAGAAAAAAGAAACGGUAAGAUGAAUAAAGUUUUUUAGUAUUCGAAUGUCAUUGGAAGUGUGUCAAGGCAGUUCUCAAAGGCGAUUGCUUUCCAUCCAUAAGUUCAACAAGCUCUGCUUUAAGAAUACUGAUCUAGAAGCAAGAGAAACUAGGAGAUUUAGCUAGCUAAAGCUUGCAAGAGGAGGGUCCUUGUUUAUCGUUAAUUUUAAUUUAUUCUUUUACUCUCACAGAAAACGAAAAUUGUCUUUUCUUGAAUGUGUUUGUGCCAAAUAAUUCAAAAGGCAAGAUGGCGGUGAUGGUGUGGAUUCAUGGCGGUGGCUUCGCCAGCCGUUCCUCUCCUAAAUACCGUGGCUUUUCUCUUGGUUCCUCUACGGAAUAUCCAGCUCACGUUUUAGCAGGCUAUAAUGACGUCAUCGUCGUGACAUUCAACUACAGGCUAGGAAUUCUGGGAUUCUUGAACAUUCCUGAGAAGGACCAAAAGGGAAAUUAUGGGAUGUUGGAUCAGGUAACAGAGAGAAAUGUUACUUAAAAUUGUCAGGCCUUGUAACCCCACACUAAGGGAGGACGUUUGAGAAGGCAAGGGAAAGGGUCUGGGGACAGGUGAAAAAUCAACUCCCCUUUCUCAUCGUUUUUUUUUUUUUUAAUUUUUAUUGUAGUUAAUGAAUUUUUUUGCUUGAUAAUGACGUCCAAGAACGUCGAAACGUCGUUUAUUUUUUAAUUAGUUAAAAAUUUCUUAAAUGUUUUAAAAAAAAGUCAGUUUUCGCAAUUUUUUUAUAGGUGUGUUUUAAAAAGUCGCUUCUUUUUAAUAUAUUUUACUUAAUGGCCACCUUAUUUACAAUGUAAUUUACGCAGUUUUUCCCUCAACCUUGAAGACUGUGACUACAAACAUAAAUUAUCGAUUCCUCAUGCCAAAAAUAUCCCAGCACUGCAACACCACUGUGCUCCCCUCGGCCUUUCCCUAAUAAGGUUAACCUGGUAUGGAUUUAAAUCCAAUAUCAAAUUUACGCAAAACGUCAUAAUUUUUAAUUUUCUUGGUAAAAUUAAUAAUCGUAGAAUUCAUAAAUGCCCUUCUAUUCCCAGGCAAUUUUUAUCAAGAGCAAUCAACUUCACUUAUUGUAAUUUGAUUUCUCUCCACAGAUUCAGGCAUUGAGGUGGGUUCGAGGCAAUAUUGCCCGUUUUGGAGGUGAUCCCAAAAACGUGACUGUGUUUGGUGAAGGUACAGGAGCAACGAGUGUCGCCUUGCAUUUAAUCUCGCCUAAAUCAAAAGAUCUGUUCCAAAGGGCCAUCAUGCAAAGCGGUGCCGCGUCAGCACCCUACCUACCAAGAAAGACAGGAAACGAGUCAGUACAAAAGCUAGCUGCUGCUGCAAACUGCCCUUUUGACGACAACCUCAUCACCUGUCUUCGUGAAAAAAGUGCUGAGGAAAUCAUUUCUUUGCAAUCUAGUAUCCCUACCAAAGCCCUGGUGGAACUCAGCAACCCCGUUAUUGAUGAUGAUUUCAUAGAAGGAUCUCCCCAGAAGCUGUAUCAAAAGAAAAAAGAUUUUGAUAAUGUUGAAACCAUGGCUGGAUUUACAACCCACGAGUCAUCUCUAGACGUCUUUCUGAGGCUGGGGAAUGCCAGCCAAGUCUCAAAAGAAGAGUUUAAAAAUGUGACAGGAACCCUCUUGGAAGGACUCACACAAAACAAAAUCGUGGAGCAGCUGGUUCAGUACCAGUACGCAGAUGAUUCUGACACAACAGCAAGAGACAGGAUGAUUAACUUUCAAAGUGAUUUUAUGACGGUGGCGCCAAUGCUUUUUGAGGCAAAGGCUUUAACGAAGGUGAUUUACAAAAAAAAAACACACACACACACACAAAACUUGUUAUGAGCGCGGGGGUUACUCAGCAAAACGGCCUUUACCCAGAGGCUCUGCCCGAAAGGGGAGUUUUUUGUUGUUGUUUUCAGCCUUCCAGAAUAAUAUAUAGAUUUAGCCAAGCCUAAAAGCGGAGCUCCCGAUUUCAUUGCAAUAAUAAUAACGAUAAUAAUGAUGAUGAUGAAGAUCGUUUUAUUCACACUGGUACACAAUACGAUAUAACCUCGUUGCAAAUACUGAUACCCCCCAGUCGGUAUCGGGAUGUAAUCUAGCCUACGUGUAGCCGCAACCCACUCCCGACCAAGGAAGAAGAGCCUGAGGAGUCAAAGAAAACUACGAAAAAAGUACCACGUAGUUAGAUAAGGUUUAAAGAGCAGGAAAGAAAAAGGUCUUAAAAGUUGAAACUAAAACUAAAACUCUAUAACUUUAAAACAGCACAUGAAAAGAUUAACUUAUCCAAGGUGAAUUCACACAACAAAGUUAUAUAUGGUAUAAUAAAUACAUUAAUUUCAUAUACUGGCAAUGCAGAAUGAAGAAAUAAAUUCAGGGAAGAUCACCACAGUUAUCAAUGCAACUUUGGCACUGUACCUAACGUACCAAACCAUUCAUAUAGUCAUUCUCCAAUUUCCACAGCAGCUGGUCAAUUAGCCUGGCAAUUCCUCAGAGAUUGUGGUGGGAAACAGUUAGAUGUCAUGUGACCUCGAAGUAACUAAUGAGAAUGGUGCUGGGAAAUAUUUAGAUUCUUGGAAAACAAAAUUAACUGUUUCCCAUGGGCCAAGUCUUUAAGUGAUUUGUGAUGUUAAUAUUUUAAAAAAUUUAUAGCUGCAUGGAAAUUCAUUAAACCUCCCUGGAAGGUCAGUUGUUGGUCAUUCACGGGUAAUAGUGCACUGUUACCCUCUGAUGUGAAUGAUUUUUGCGAUGUUGCCUGCUUAGAGAAUAUUGGCACAAAAAAGUUUCAUUGUUAGAUGUCAGGUGACGUUGAAAUAACCAAUGAGUGUGCACAUGGUUGGAAAGAAAUUUCCAGCUAUAAUAACAAUGUUUCUUUAAAAUAUAUCAUUGUUGUUGGAGAGAAAAAGGAAUGGACUGGAUUCAAGUAAAUAAAAUCUUUUCUUCUGUCAUCCUCCGUUUCCACUUCACCAGGCUUUGGAAACUCAUAGUCUACACCAACUGCCCUUGCUGUAGCAAUUAGGCGGUCAUCUUCUAAGUGGCUACUAUUAUUUACUUCUGGAAGAGGUUGCUGUGUUUCCUGCACAUUGCUUGCUCCCUCAAUUGGGCCAUUUUCUACUGCAGGAGUGUGUUGUUCCAACUCUUCUCCUAGUAAAUGAAUUAUUUGUAUUAACCAACUACACAAUUCAUAUAAGCUAUGGGGCUAGUGGAUUCUAUUUUUUAUCUUGCCUGAGGGAUAAUAGAGUUGUGAUUCUUGGGCUAACAGAUGCAAGCUACAGCCUUCACGAAGGACAAGCACAAAACUGACCUUCUUUUCUUCGCACCCUAGUACUGCAUGCUUGUAUAACUGUACAAGAAUUACUAUUAUAAAACUGUAUCUGUGGAAGUGUUCUCAAAACCUGAUUUCAAAUAGAAAAUACACAAUAUUUCUACUUUUGAAACUUCGGAUAAUAACCUUGACAAUCAUUUUCUAAGUGCUGAUAUUUCAUAAACCAGUCAUCAAAUAUAAUGGGAGUGACCCAACCAAUGAACUCAUUAUUAUAAUCCAAAAAAAUAAUUAUCUCUAUGAGAAUUCAAUGUAUUUUAACUUUGUCCUAGUCAAAGUAAUGCAACCCUAAGGUAAGUUUUCCCACAAUAAUAAUGCACGAUCAAAUACAAACAGAACAAAAAUCCUACAAUCCAGUCAUGGAGAAUUAAGUACAGACAUGAUGACUUGUCAUGUUUACCACAACAACAACACUUGAAUUACAUGACAAAAGGUCUAAUCAAUGAAUUAUACAGUGUUUUUGUUACAAAUAAAUAUUAUGAAUUCUGGGACUCAUCUUGUGAGAAAUCAUGAGUCCCAGUCCAGAACCAAUGAGUCCCAGUUAAAAAAAAUGAGUCGAAAAUGGAAAAUGUUUGGGCCUUUAUGUACCAGCCACAGACAGUUAAUCUGAAGACACACUCCAAAACUCUGUAUUAUAGUAUACUGAAAUUAAAAUAUAGUUCUUCUAUUUUAAAGCAGAAGUCAACAAAGGCUAAAACAAAUAUGCAUCACUAAACAACAACCAUAACUGCCACAGAAAUUACACGUACGGGAUAUUUCUACAAAUACACACGUUCAGAUCGAUAUAUCCAUGAAUUAUUUUAUGUCUUUGGCGAUUUUUAUGUGUCAGGAACAUAGGUAGAAUGCAGAGGUAACAAAAUCACUGAUUAUAUAGCUGCUCUUUUGAGUCCAUGUAAAAAAUAUAUAUAUGAAAGUUUUAACAUUCUUAUUUGUUACACACACACGCCCACCCACACCUUUAUUAAUUUGAAAAUCUUGGUUACAAAAAUGAAAACAAAAACAACCCACAAUGAAUAAAUAAAUAAAAAUAAUCAGGUAAAUUCAUAAAAUAAAAUAUUGAGAAAAAAAGUGUUACAAGAAAAAGGAAAGAUUACUUAGGUAAGACAACAGAGCAUAAUUAAUUACACCAAAAAGGGGGAAGUUUUAAAAGUAUACAUGCUUCCCACCAGCAAAUUGUGGCACUUAAUUAGUUCUGAUAAAUUUCUAUUGUUUAUUGGCCCAAUCACAGUUUUUCAUUCUCUGAUAAAUUUGCAUUACAUUUCUCUCUUUUUGCAUUAUGUUUCCUUGUUUUUGCAUUGUGUUUACUAAAAAGUACACUGCUCUACGCCAAUCAAAUUCAGAGAGAAAUUUUUUCAUGUAUAUUAUUAACUUUCAUAAUAAAAUACCAUCUACCAUAAACAACUACCGGUAUAUCAGUACCUGCUGAAUGACUUUGCUCUUGUUCACCUGGCAGAGAGCUUUCCAUGCUACAUUCAAGUUGGAGGACUUCACUUUCAUGUUCUUCUAUGGCUAAGAAGAUAAGAUAUAAUCUUAAUAAGUUGGGCAAGCAGAUUGUGACACCUGAGGCUGAUUGGUUCUUAUAUAUUUCUAUUGUUCAGUGUUAUGUAUCGCUCAAAUCGAAGCUUCAACAUGCCCCCCCCCGGGCAUACCCCGGGCAUUUGACACCUUUGCUGUCCCGGGGAGGAGGGAAUUUGAUUAUCAGAGUCUUCCAGGGGGUGGGGAAUUUGAUCCCCAGGCUUUAGGGGUGGGGAAUUUGAACUACACCCUCGAUUUCAUGUAAAAUCUUUGGCGUGACGAGCUAUCAUGGGGGACGCGGUGUUAGAGGAUUUUCGAGGAAAAGAUUGUGCCUUUGUGGCCAAUUGGUUACAAGGAAAGGGCUUAAACAAGCUAAAUUGUGCCGUUUUUGAAGUAUUUAAAUUUUAAAAUUUUUAAUACUGGAUUCAGGCUUUGAAUGUAUGAAUGUAUGUUAUUGUUGUGUUUACAAUGAAAUACAAUACCUAUGCCAGCGAUUCAAUACUACAACAUAAAAUAGAAUAAAAUAAAAUAAAAAGCUCAGGUCAACUACUUUGACCUACUGCAAGUAUGUUAAUUUAUACGGUGAGCAAUGAUGCAUGUCAGUGAAAUGGUCAUGAUAUAGUAAUCUCAAUGGGGGGGAUCGUUUUUUAUAGAACCCUUUGGAUGUUGCAUGAUGAAGAAAAGCUGAGCAUUCAGUGACCUUGUAGCAGCGAUUUCUGCCGCUUUGCAUGAGUUUUUUGUUCGUAGUAAAUACGCUAACAGUGUUUUUGUUAUAUUUAUAAAGAUUUUGUGAUUUUGUGAUUUUUUUCUGAAGGUGUUUCCGCCGUCCUUCUGUCAUUUUUGUGUCUGUGAAAUGUCCCCAGGAUGGGGGCAUUUGAUCACCUGAAUGGACCCUAGUGUGGGGCAUUUGAACGGCAUUUUGGGCCCGGGUAGGGGGGAAUUUGAACAAUAAUUUUCAAAAAAGUCAAAUGCCCGGGGGCUUGCCCGGGGGGGGGCAUGUUGAAGCUUCGAUUUGACCGAUACAUUAUCCAGAAGUUUUAGAGUAGCCAGCUCCCAAAGCAAAGGAACUGGUGCCUGACACCAAGCACUGAUAAAGCGAGAGUACUGUAUCUAAGGGAGGGGUUUGGGGGCAUUAAGCCCAGAGAUCUGAGAAGUUUUGCUCGUUAUUUACAAGUUUUUCCAGAGUUCUCCCAAGAACCAAGUGAGUUAUCAUGCUGGUAAAUCCAUAGAAAAUGUGGUCUUUUACUUUUAUAAAAUAACUUUAAAGCAUGUUUCAGUUUACUAUGAGAUUACCAGCACAAUAAACUAUUGGUUUUUAACCAAUCAGAAUGCAUGUACUAUCUUAGUUAUUUUAUAAUUAAAAAAUAUUAUCUGGCAAUGUCUCAUCAAAAAUCAUUCAGUAAAUAUAUCGAUAAUACCAUUAGCAAAAGGCAAAUUGUCAUACACCAAAGAGCUUUUUGUACGACAAGCUAUUGUUUUUGUUUCUUUUAGGACCUUCUGAAAAAUUCAAGAUAAAAGGUACAGACAGUUUUUUUUUACUGUUUUGAGUCAUAAGAGUAGCCAGCGAAACCACCAGUUGCCUGCGCUUCUGGAGAACACUGAUUGUUCACAGGUUUUCAUUCUCUGAGAAAUUUGCACUUUAUUUCCUUAUUUUUGCAUUAUGUUUCCUUGUUUUUUUUACUGUGUUUACUAAAAACUGCACUGCUCUAAGCCAAUCUCAUUCAAGAAAUUUUUCCAUGUAUAUUAUUAAGUUUUAUAAUAAAUACCAUCUACCAUGAACUAUAUCAGUACCUGCUGAUUGACUUUGCUCUUGUUCGCCAAGCAGAGAGCAUUUUCUGCUACAUUCAACCUGGAGGACCUGACUUUCAUGUUCUUCCAUGGCUAAGAAGAUAAGCAAGCAGAUUGUGACACCUGAGGCUCAUUGGUUCUUAUAUAUUUCUAUUGUUCAGUGUUCUCCAGAAGUUUUAGAGUAGCCAGCUCCCAAUGUAAAGUAACUGGUGCCUGACACCAAGUGCUGGUAAAGCGAGAGUACCGUAUCUAAGGGGGGGUUUGGGGGCAUGAGGCCCAGAGAUCUGAGAAGUUAAGCUGGUGGUUUACAAGCUUUUCCAGUCUUCUCCCUACAUCCCAAGUGGGUUAUCACACCAGCAAACCUUUAGAAAAUGUGGUCUUUUACUUUUAUAAAAUAACUUUAAAGCAUGUUUCAGUUUUCUAUGAUUUUACCGGCACAAUAAACUAUUGGUUUUUAACCAAUCAGAAUGCACGUACUAUCUUAGUUAUUUUAUAAUUAACAAUUAUUCCACGAGGGCACGUUGGAUAUGAGAUGGAAAAUAGCCAACGAGACGCAUAGCGCCGAGUUGGCAAUAAUCAUCUCAUCCAACAAGCGCAAGUGGAAUAAUUAUUUUAUUAAAAACGCCCACAAAAUCCCUUUGAAUCUUGUUAGAACAAACCAGAAAAGACAAGGGAGUUCCGCUAUUCACAUGUCACAUGUCUAUCAGAACUGUCAACGCAUGAACCGACUCUCCUGGACUGGAUGAAUGAAAAAUCAAAACAUUGUAAAGAUGAACACUUUUAAAAACUCAUCGAGAUUCUAGGAUUUUACACAGCGGGACAGCUAAAAAAACCUGGCAGAUAAUGUGAAGAAAAAUAAUUCUUAACAGCCAUCAAAAUUACUGUGAAUUUGGAUUUUUGGAGCAGUUACAAAAGUAAGAACAACGGAGAAAAACUAUUACCUUGGUCGCUUGUUAUGACGUUGUUUGAAGCCACAAGCUGGUUUUGCUGAACAAGAAAAGAAGCUUUACUGACGCCUCGAUUGCUGUAGUGAAUGGCUGCAUAGCGUGUAUUGUAGUUGCUUGUGAUUUAUAUUCUUCAUGUCAGAUAAACAAGCCGCAGCUAUCUAUCGGCAAGUUUCUCAGCGAGUGGCUUCGCAACCAUGAAUAAACAACAACUGUCUUCUUUUGUAGCUGUUCAAGGCACUUUAGUUCCAUGUAUUUUCAUGUUUUUCGAUAAACUUUCAAACAAGCUCUUGUGGCUUUUUUGUUUGUUUGUUAUUUUCCCGAUAAAAUUGCAUGUUCUAGUAUUCUAAGAAAUGAAUUAACAUGAUUUGCUUUGGGUGCCGUUUUAUCCUUCGCGGAAAAAAAUGGAACUUACGAAAAAUUGAAGAUAAAAGUUACAGACAGUUUUUUUUUAUGUUUUGACUCAUAAGAGUAGCUGGCACUUUGGAAAAGAGUUCCCAGUGAAACUGCCAGUUGCCCGCGCUUCUGGAGAACACUGAUUGUUUAUUAGCCAAUCACAGGUUUUCAUUCUCUGAGAAAUUCGCACUUUAUUUCCUUAUUUUUGCAUUAUGUUUCCUUGUUUUUGUACUGUGUUUACUAAAAACUGCACUGCUCUAAGCCAAUCUGAUUCAAGAAAUUUUUCCACGUAUAUUAGUAAGUUUUAUAGGAAAAUUCAUUACCUGACGAGGGAAUUCCACGUUAAAUUGCACACGAAAACCGAUAUCGGUUUUCAAGUGCAAUUUAACGUGGAAUUCAUGAGUCAGGUAAUGGAUUUUCCUUGAAUCGCAUAAUCAAAUAAAAAUCAGAAAAAAAAAGAAAACACCCAUAAUAUUGUUUGUUUUUAUCCUGAGCACGCGCUCCAGAAAGCCAUUUCAAAGUCAAAUGUCAAACCUAUCAUUGCAUUAGCGAAUAGGAAGCAAGGUCAGUCAUACACGUUUGAACCUUUGACAACUUUUUUUGUACCUUGUGCUUGUUUUUACAUUUGUUUUCAAACUUUUUUACACAUGAACAAGCUUCACACUGAUUGUAAGGAUAAAUAGAGGUAUUUCACUGAAUUUACAAGCCGGUUAUCUAUAAUCCUUUUUCAAAUUGGUCAUUUGCUCGCGAAGGAAAAUAAUUUACACCUUUUACCUCUUCGGUAGCAAAACUGAAAGAAAUGAAGUGUCCAAGGCAAAGCACUGAAAGUUUAACGUUGCGAUUGAUAUAAGGUAAGUACCUUGAAAUGUUUUAAAAAUGCUGUUCAAGUUCAGCUCUGUUUUGUACUUUUCUAAGUACCACGACUCAGGAUGAAUGCAAGUGGCGUACUCUUUUUCGUGUUUUCAGGGACAAUGUGAUCUUUGAAGGUAUUUAUUUCUUCUUCUGUAUAUGUGACAAUUGACCCUGGCACUUCCUCCAUUGUCGCUUCUCCGUUUUGUUUGUUUGAAUUUGGCUUGUUAUUUUCUGGGCUGUGUUGACAGGAUUUUCUUGUUUUCUCAUUGUCGCUAGCGAAAGGGGUUUUUUAUACCUCUCCAAGAAUUUGUAGUUUAGUUCAAAACAAGGAAGAACCUCCGGAUCACUUUAAAAAAUGCUUUUGUUUGUUUUUAACUAUUUAUUUAUUUAGUCACUCACAAAACCUUAUACAACAUAAACAAAAGGACUGUUAAUUAAAUUAUAAAAUUAAUGUGACAAGGAAGUCUAACGAAGCUUGAAGCCGUAUUAAUAGGCUUCCUUCAACUACCUAGAAAACUAAAUUCAUGGCUGAGUGCAGAGUGAGCAAGAUCAGAAAAUUAAGCGACAGAUCGGCUAUCAGUGAGAUAAUUCUUUAAAUUUUUUGUAACAACAAAUAUAGAAGGAGAGCUAAUUAGUGAAACAGGCAACGAAUUCCAGAUUUUAGGUCCUCGGUAAAGGAUGCUGAAUUGCUUUAUAUUUGAUCUACAAAAAUGAGGUCUAUACUGAGAGGCCAGUCGAAUUUUGGUAUUGAUGGACUUCAGAUUACUACUUAAGAACAAGUCACGCAAGCUACUAGGCAAAAGAUUAUGGUGAUAACAAUACAUAAAAGUAGUGAGAGAAAAUAAAUUAAUACUAAAUAUGUCAAGGACUUUAAGCCGGCUAAACAAAGGGGCGGUAUUUGCUAGAUAGUGAGCUUUUGUUAUGAGCCGCACUAGACGCUUUUGCAAAGGGUAAAUACAGUUUAGGCUGGAACAGUAGGUGGAGGACCAGGCGACAUUACAGUAUGUUAAGAAAGGAUAUAAAAAAGGUGACAAUGAUUUUGAAAACAUUUUAAAAUGACAUUGUAGAAAACCUUUUUUGCAGUUGUUGUGUUACAAUUUGACGAUAGUUGUUACGUAGAUGCGAAAAAACAUCCCUUAGCCUCGUUUUCAACUCGCAAUUCCACACUGAAUACCUCUCUUCGUUAACCAAUCAGAAUGCAUGAUUUUACUCAAUUAUGCAAUUCUAUAAUAAAUACCAUCUACCAUGAACUAUAUCAGUACCUGCUGAGUGACUUUGCUCUUGUUCACCGGUGCAGAGAGCAUUCCAUGCUACAUUCAACCUGGAGGACCUGACUUUCAUGUUCUUCCAUGGCUAAGAGGAUAAGAUAAAAUCUUUAGUUGGGCAAGAAUUUUCCCUCACCCCUACAUACACCUAUUGUUCAAAGAAAACAUGUCAGAACAAUACUGAGCCAAAAGUUGUGAUUUCUGGUUUAACUCUUAUGGGGAAUUGUUUUUAAGAAUAAACGAGCUGAGCUUGACAAUAUUCCUGGACAUAUUAUUUACUACACUGUACCCUCCAAUGAAUGAACAACUUGAUAACCACACUCAAAACUGGUUUAUAAUAUUUCCCCAUCUCUCAACACAAGGAGUUUUUGAGCAUUUAUGAUCACAUAAUUUUUGUCUUAAUUUGGCUAUUACUGCAAAGUACAAUGUCUUCAAUACAGUAAAAACCUAGCUGUGACUAAGAACCUGGUUUUUAGGAACCUGUUUGGCUAAACUUGCCGGUUAUAAUUAGGCCCCAGGCUCUAUACAAGAACCUGUUUAGCCCAAUAGUUGACACACAUCUUUAUUUUCUCAAAUCUAUAAAAAAAAAUUCUAUACACCUGGAAAAUAUUCAGGUGAACCUCUUUCGGAGACAUAAGCUGCAAUGUUUUUUUUUCCUGCAGAAAAUAAGAACCUUUUCAUUUUAGAAAAAUAGACAAAUUUUUUGCCAAUAACUAUUUUUGUAAGAACGUACCUGUUAAUGCAAUGGGAAAAUCCAGGUUCUUACCUACGAGUUUUUACUGUCUUUUGACCGGUCCGAGCUAAAAUUUGUUUGGCAGGUAAUAAUUUAUUUUGACCGGUUAGUAACUAGACAUGACCGAGCUUAAAUUUGUUUGGCCUGUCAACAUUCAAAAAUAAUUUCUAACCCUGGCUGCCCUCCUUAUUUACAUAGAUCUCCAUAUAUAUUCUUAAACACUCGAAGAUAGGUAUCUACAAAAUGGAAAAGCCUAGAUUUAUACUAAAAUAAUAAAAGUUAUUUCAAUUACAAGAGGGAGAAUAGAUCCUUCAAAUUCUGUUUACCCUGAAUAAAACAAAUAGAGGUAAGCUCGAACAAUCUGCACCAAAACGCUCUUUCAACAGACAUUGAAAAUCUUCAAAUUCAAGGUGCUCUCUGCUCUCUUUUCAGAAAACAUAACAACGCUUUCACAGACCGUAUAAUUUACAAUCCUCUAACACUGAAUCAUUUUAACUUGUCACAGAGGCCAGAGUCGCCUAAAAUUUACAUAAGGAGUUAUCAUUCAUUCAGCGAUGCAUCGGACACAUGGCAAUGGUUAUAAUUUUCGAUAAAAUUUCAUUAAUACAAUUUAAGAUUACCUUAUUUUCCGCGCCAGAAACAACGAAAAUACACCGAGGAGCACGAAUUAUAAGGUUACUCUAUAAUUUUAUCUUGGACGCGACUGUCUUGUUAAAGUGAAAUUUCAAUCAUAUCGUUUCUCUUCGACGAACUUGGAGGACACACGUCAACUUCAAUGGAUGAUAAAAGUAUCAACUCUAGACUGCGUGACAACAAAUGACGUGUGGUGAUUGGUCCAAAACAACUGAUGCAAUUACAAAGAGGUUAUUGUUUAACAAACAAAACAAAAGCUACCUCUGUUUUCGUAAAAUCCCCGAUUCUUAUAACAGAAAGCUAACCUCGGCAAAAAUUCGCUCACCUUCUCCUCCUUCUCGUUCGUUUUUCGUUUAUACGACGCCUGUUUUCCCUUGCUGUCUCUCGCUCCCUUCUUCGCCGCUCGUCGCUUAUUAGGCGUCUAUUUUCUCUUGCUCUCUCUCGUUCAUUCUCCAGUUGCUCUUCAGUGAAAUUUUGUCGCCUUUCCCUUUCUCUUUCUUGCGCUUUUCCCCGUUGUUCGUCAGUAAAAUUUUGCCUCCUUUCUCUGUUUCUUUCUUGCUCUCUCUCGCGUUGCGCCUCAGUAAAAUGUUUCCUCCUUUCUCUGUCCCUUUCCUGUUCUCUCUCCCGUUGCUCAUAAGUAAAAUUGCGCCUCCUUUCUCGACUCUAUCCCUUUCAUGUUCUCUCUCCCGUUGCUCAUCAGUAAAAUUGCGCCUCCUUUCUCUAUCCCUUUCCUGCUCUUUCUCCCGUUGCUCGUCAGUAAAAUUGCGCCUCCUUUCUCUGUUUCUUUCUUGCUCCCUCUCCCGUUGCUCGUCAGAGCAGUUUCGCCUCCUUUCUCUAGCUCUCUGCCGCUCUCUCUCUCGUUGAGCUUGGCUUGCUUGCCGCCUACUUUCUCGUUUCCUCUGCCUCUCUUUAUCUCUAUACUCCAAACUAGAGGGCAUAAUAAAUAAAUAAUGUAGAAAAUACGGAUGUAUAAAAAAUGCCAACCGACACGAAAAAUUUCUUUUUGUUCUGAGUUGACUUUCCUCAACUUCUAAGUUGUUUAUGCUUCACAAAACGCGGGUUGCGAUUCGUUUUCGCGCCAAAAAACCCUCAUCACAGACUACCCGAAAUUUUGCGUUGGUAUGCCUGUGGUGCGGACGGACGGUCGGGCGGGCGGUCGGUGUACGGUCACGUGAUUACCAAAUUUUCUCGGAUGGGUAGUUUACCACAUUUUGUUACCCAUGGUGCUCCGCUGCGCGCUUCGCGCGCGAGAGCUCCGCUAUAAAAGGGUAGGGGGUUCACUUCAGUGGAAAGAUAUGAAACAGUAUAGAAAUCUGUCAUUUCGAUUAAAAAGGACGUGAAAGUGCUUAGAGACGCAUUUUGUGGCUAUGAAAGAGACACGAAAGCUGCCUGGUUUAGUGAUUUACUCACAUUAAAAAGACACUGUGCAUCACGCCAGGAAUUAAAUGGGAUAAAGUGAUCAAAACUAGGUAUGUGAACGGGUCAGUAACGAAAAUACGAAAGGGGUAUCUUUUCUAUGAAAAGAGUAUAUAAAAGGGUAAGGGGCUGGAUCUCUAAGCGGAGCAUUCCCGUAUAAAAUUAAUUUCACCCCUUUACCACUUUUAAAUACUAGGUUAAUCAACAAGUAGGCAAAUGCAAAAUGAUCGACUACAUCAUUAAUCAGCCCUUACUUGGUCCCGCCAAGAUGUACUGAACCAUGCGGGGCACUAAAUGUAACUGGCUCUAGUAAAUGUUUUUUCUAACUUUACUUUCCCUAGGCUGGAAGGCCAGUUUACUUUUACGUAUUUGAGCAUCGUCCAGAUUUUUCGAAACUUCCCGAGUGGGCUGGCCCAUUUCACGGAGCUGACAUUGGUUUUGUGUUUGGAGCACCUUUCGCGAAUAUUUCAUCGCCAAUGGAAUUUUUUAUUCCCAAAUAUUCUGAAAUUGAGAAGGGGCUGAGUUUGUACAUCAUGAGACUGUGGACUGACUUUGCUAAGUCUGGGUAAGAUCUAAGACCAAAUACUACAGUAAACACCCGCUAAUAAGAACCUACUUUCUUGGGAGUCUGGCAAAAUAGGUUCUUGUAUUUUGGGUACUUAAAGUGGGAGUUUAGCCUAAGUAGUUUCAUAAUCAGGUUCUAUAAAAGGGAUAGUAGAUUUUUCACUAGCAAAAACCCAUAUAAACUUUUUUAUUUAUUCACUAUUGUUUUAUUAUAACCCUACCAAAACCGCUGAUUGCAGAACUUACAUAUUCAGUUUAGUACAGUGUGUUUUUGUUAUACCUAUAAAUUUACAACUAAAAGUUAUAUUCCUUUGUCAUGUUAUAAAUUGUAUAUUAUAAUUUAACGGUAACCCAAAUGAGAACCUGCUUGACCUUGCUUGUCUAAACAGGUUGUUGUAUUUUGAGGUUUUAAAGCAAAUUUCGGCCAGAACCCUUUGCGACUUGAUAGCUUUCCAGGAAGAUACAUGAAUAGAUAGACAGACAUUUAUUUAACCACGGUCAGGUUUCAUCAGCUACAGGCGCUGGUUUACACAAAAACCGUGAGUUAAAAUAUAUAAAAUAUCCAGCAGAGUUCUUAGUUUUUAAAUGUGGAAAAAUACGGUUAAAACUGUAAUAAAUAAUAGACAGCAAAACUGCGAGAGCUUGCAAGCGCUUUUAGGCUUACUUUAUGAAGUGCAAUCCUGUAGGGAAGAGAGUGCCAACCAUUUUGCUUUAUUAUUAUUAUUAUUAUUAUUAUUAUUAUUAUUAUUAUUAUUAUUAUUUUGCGCAUGAUCCUAAAUCUUGGUUACCAUCAAGCUCCUCAUCUUCUGAUUUUCCUUCGUUCUAAGGGAUCCUAAUGGCCCCGACUCUCCUGUAACGUGGCCGAAGUUCUCCAAAGUAAACCGAUCCUACCUGGCCCUUGACGUGAAGCCCAAGGAAAAACAGAAGUAUAGGGCAAAAGAAUUGAAAUUUUGGAAUAGCCUUAUCCCAAAGGUUAUAAGACAAACUAAGGGAUAA